AUGACUGAGUUUGACGAUUGCAGCCACAGUGCAUCCAAUAUGUAUCUACCAGGGUGCGCUUAUUACGUUUCACCUUCAGAUUUCUCGACGAAGCCCUCUUUUUUGUCGCAAUCGUCUUCCUGUCAAAUGACUUUUCCUUAUUCUUCUAAUUUACCUCAUGUCCAACCUGUGCGAGAAGUGGCAUUCAGGGAAUACGGAUUAGAGCGCAGCAAAUGGCAGUAUAGGGGCAGUUAUGCUCCUUAUUACUCAGCUGAGGAGGUUAUGCAUCGAGACUUUCUCCAGCCUGCUAACAGGAGGACGGAAAUGUUAUUCAAAACGGAUCCUGUGUGCAGCCACCAUGGACCCUCCGCCGCUGCCUCCAACUUCUACAACACGGUGGGAAGGAACGGCAUUCUCCCGCAAGGAUUUGAUCAGUUUUAUGAGACAGCCCAUGGACCUCCAUACCAGCAGCAAGCAGAGAACGAGGGGGAAGCGGCCAAGAGUGACUUGAAACCUCAGAAUAGCACUUGUAGUAAAACACCUUCCAGCCAAGAGAAGAAAGUGACAACAGAAAACAGCGCCGGUUCCCCUUCUGGUGAGGCUGUUGCAGAGAAGAGCAACAGUUCAGUUCCCCAGCGAUCAAGGAAAAAGAGAUGUCCCUACACCAAAUAUCAAAUAAGAGAACUGGAACGUGAGUUUUUCUUCAACGUGUACAUAAACAAAGAAAAAAGACUGCAGUUGUCCAGAAUGCUGAACCUCACUGAUCGACAAGUUAAAAUCUGGUUCCAGAAUCGAAGGAUGAAAGAAAAGAAACUGAACAGAGAUCGACUCCAAUAUUUCACUGGAAACCCCUUGUUUUGA